AUGGAACAAGAUCGAAUCAGCGAAUUACCAGACGAAAUCUUGCACCACAUACUUUCAUCCAUGGCAACAAAAUUCGCAGUUAAAACAAGUAUUUUGUCAACCCGGUGGCGCCACCUCUGGAAGUUCAUCUCCACAAUUCAUUUCGACUCCUUUCCAUAUCAUCCCUUCCGCUCCAUCGAUUACAGCUUCGUGGAUGGAACCUUAGAGCAUCACAAAGCCCCUCAACUCCACAAGUUUCUUGUAUCAACCACCAUUCGCGGUGACCUCUACACCAAUCUCGUUCCCAAGUGGGUUGAUUUCGCCUUGGCGCGCCAAGUUCAAGUUCUGAAACUGGAUUUCAAAACGUCCCCACUUCCUGAUGAAGUCUUUGAUUUGCCUCCUUCAUUUUAUGCACAACAUUACUCACAAUCUUUGAAACAAAUCUCUCUCGGUUGUGCUCAUUUGAAUCCUACAUUGAGUUUCGAGGGCUUUUCUUCUCUUAAAGAGCUGCGUCUCUGGCGUUGCAAGCUCAGUGAUGAAGUCGUGCAAGAAAUUGUUUUGAAGUCUAAACUUCUGGAGAGCUUCACCAUUGACAAGUGUAGAAUCCUUAAGUAUGUGAGAAUUUUCGGGCGUUCUGAUAUGCGGUUGAAGCAUUUCACGUUUGUUUGGAGACCUCAACAAANGCUUGCCAUGGCACCCCGCGGUUUCAAAGUACUGUACUUAAAACACGCCAAAAAACUCAGCUUUUAUAAAAUGAGUGAUGCUCAUUGUCAGUCUCGUUCUCAUACAUGCUGUCAUCGUGGUUUGCCGUUAUCAUCUGAGUCUGAAGUGUCUUAG